GCAUCCCUAGUUCAAAAUGACGUAUUGACGUAUAAAAAAAUUUACGUUUCGAGAUCGCGUAAAUAUAUCUUAGUAGUAGAAAUGUAUUAUGUUUUGUUGUGUUAAUACUGUGUGGAAUGAAGAUGUGCAAACCCAGGAAUAAUAGUUUACACCCUUUACCAACCAAGCAUUAAUAAGAUGCUGGGAAAUAUCAUCUUAUUAGUGACUAGAAGAGAAAGUGUCUCGUAUAGUAAAUAACGGGUCGAUAUGAAUAUGUCUGUCUCAGAUUUAUCUGUCGGAUGUCGUUUUGCAGAUUAUUUUGCUAUAUGUGGGCUAGAUUUUGAUUCUGGCUUGGAGCCUGACAGACUUUGUGGGGACAACUUGCAUGUAUCUCCCUUGGACCGCUCGUAUAAGGGGAAGGUGUUAGCUCAUUACCCUGACAAUGUCUCAAGCAACCCUUUUGAUGAACAUGCUGUUUGUAUGCUCUGCCUACCCGCGGGCCUCCAGUUCAGGACCCAGAAACAUUCGCUAGAGCCAAAGUUCCACAGCUUUGUUGUGACCAGAGAGAAUGCUUCCCGCUACUAUGGCUUCAGUCUUAUCUUUUACGAGGAGGUCAGGAAUAGAAACAUCUGCAGUGCCAUGCAUACUUUACAGGCAAUGUAUAUCACCGAGUUAUCUAGUGGUCAGACACCACCUGGUCACCGAAAGAGCACCGGGAAGGAGAGUUCCCGCUCCCUGCCCCGCUCCUUCAAGCUCGCCCCGCACUCGGGGGCUGCGCUCACGUACUACGACGUUACCAAAGAUAAACUUUACGUAGCCAAAAGUAUAGCCCUAAUAUGCCAAUACCCAUAUGUGAGGGUCGCUCAGUUGUUUUUAGAGAAUUUAUAUAGAUCAUUGCCAAGACAGCCGGGUCCUGGGUUGAGUCCGGAGUCGUAUGUGUACAACCUGUUGUAUGAAGUGCCCGUGCCCUUGCCCGGACAGGCCCUGCGCCUGUACCUGCCGCCGGCGGAACCCCACUUAGAACCCGUGCCUGUUGUGAUACGAAUGCCAAAUUUACCUGAAGAACUGCCACUUUUGGACUACCCACUACGAGUGAUGUUCUCAACGUUAGGGGUGGAGUGUGUCGUGCAGCUGUUCACCUGUGUACUGCUGGAACACCAGGUGCUCAUCAGAUCCAGCGACUACAGCAAGCUGAUGCUGGUAGCGGAGUGCAUAGUGGCGCUGCUGCUGCCCUUCACGUGGGCCCACGUGUACGUGCCCAUCCUGCCCGCGCCGCUCUACCACUUCCUCGACGCGCCGGUGCCCUUCGUCAUGGGGCUUCACGCCGAGAGCGCCGCCGUGAGCGGAGCGCGGAACGUCGCUCUUGGCUCAGAGGCGGCGCUAUGUUUGGUCGACAUUGACAAGCCAGACAUACAACUACCAGAGGAACUACCCAUCUUCCCUCACAGGACCGCUUUCGUGGACGAACUUAACCACAUUUUAGACAAACACCAGAUUCAAAGGCCGGAAACGGAACCCACGAAGCUUGCCAUGCCGAUCAACGGGACCUCUUACAAACACAUGAGCGAUAUGAGCACUAGUUGCACCCUACCAUCUGGCGGUCUCCGCCGCAAGCACUCCUUCAACGACGUCCUAGACUGGGACGAGAGCCGCCCUCUGAACGCGUCCCCGCCUGGUUCUCCGACCCGACGCGCGCCGCGCCGACUCGACGCGCUCCAGCGGAUAGUGGACAUCGUGAAGAGGACGGGCGUAAACAUAGACUCAAUGGACGCCGACAGCGUAAUGCCGGUCCUCAAGCGCGGCCCGCUCACCGACGAAGAGCAAUACGCGGCGGACGCGCGUCUCAACGUGGUCGUGCGAGAGUGCUUCCUCAACAGAUUCGUGGCCAUGUUCCUCGCUUAUGAGAACUUCAUCAUCAUGCUUGACCAGGAUCGCGAAGCCUGGCUAUCAACGCGAGAGUCCAUGGUGAACUUCGACAAAGCUUCCUUCCUAUCCGACCAACCGCAGCGCCACAGGCCGUUCCUGUCCCGCUUCUUAGAAACACAGAUGUUUGCCACCUUCAUAGACAAUAAAAUUAUGUCCAGCUGGGGAGAAUACGACGCUAAUCUACAGGCGUUCGAUCACCGAGUGGCCUACACGAGACGACGCGGAGGCGAAGCGGGCGCGGCGCGGGGGUACAGCGUGUGGGCGGGGGCGGGGGCGGAGGGGGCGGGGGGAGCAGCACCAGCAGGAGCCGAGCUGGAGGUGGCGGCGGCGGCGGAGCGCCUGCCGCACCGCGCCGCCUACUACCGCGCCUUCCCCGCGAGACUCGACCCCGCCGCGCUCGCGCCGCCGCCCAACGACGAUCGCAGAACGAAUAGUUUGAAGCGCAUUAAGAACGCCAAGUGGCAGGUGAAGGAUUCGCCGGAGAUGCUGCUCGGGGACAUUGGGAGACGGCUGUCGACUGAGGUCACGAGCGCUGCUAUUUCUCAGAACCAUAGAACUUUCGUUGAGAAACUUCUCAAGGAAUGCAAAAGCAAAACAAAACGAAUGCUAGUUGAAAAAAUGGGUACCGAAGAGACGGACCUCGGUCUCGGCACCGAAGUGUCCAUAACAGGUGUAGAGGAGAGCACCAUGAUAUCCUCCCUCUGCGACCUGCUGGAGCGGCUGUGGUCGCACGGCGUGCAGCACAAGCUGGGCAAGUCUGCGCUCUGGAUGCACCUCACCAACUACCAGGAACUGGAGCAGUGCAGCCACUCCACCAAGCCUAUAGACCCCAACUGUCUCACACCAGAUUUAUCGUCAGUCGGUGCGGAAGUGGAGGCACAGCAGAACUCCGGCGCGCGAUCCCGGGACAGUUCCCGCGGGGGAUCCCGGGACAGUUCCCGGGACCGGCUCAGCAACGCGGGCACGUUGGAGCGCAAGCCCAGCCCGCUGCGCCCGCUGCCCGAGAGCCUCACCUUCGACAUGAGGAACAUCCAAGCUAUGACCGACAUAAAAACCGAGAUAGGCUACGCCCGCGCGUGGGUCCGUCUCUCUCUAGAGAAGAAGCUUCUCUCCAAGCAUCUCCGCGAGCUCCUGGCCGACACCACACUCCUCCGCUCCCAGUACAAGAAGACCGCCUUCUUGCGGUGUGAGGAGGAGAGGGAACAAUUCCUGUACCACCUGCUGACCUUGAACGCUGUCGACUACUUCUGCUUCACCAACACCUAUCCCACCACUAAACUGCCGUACCGAGUGCUGAUCGUGCCAUCCCGCAAGGCCAGCCAGACCACCGCCAACUGCUGGAUCGCGAUAUCGGGCGUCAACGGGGACUCCACGCCCAAGAUACCGAUACCGCGGAACACCAACGAGUUUGUCUUCCACCAUAAAAACUUGGGCGUGUUGUCGACACUGCGCAUCGGGCACGACAACUCGGGGCUCUCGCCGCGAUGGCUGCUGGACCAGGUGUACGUGAGGAACGAAGUCACGGGGCAUACUUAUACGUUCCCCUGCAACCGCUGGCUGGGCCUGGGAGUAGACGACGGCAGCACGGAGCGGCUGCUGGUGGCGGCGCGCCUGCGCGGCGGCCGCUCCCCGCGCACGCCCGCGCCCCCACCCCCCACCACGCCCAGCACCACGCACCUCUCCACCGCCACCAUCCAGCACAUGAUCGGUGACUGCGUGAACGCCAUAGUGAAGUGGCACUACCAGUCGAAGAGAGACAAGGACGCGAACUCGCUCAGCGUGCUGCUGUGCGGGGAGAACGGGCUCGUCAAGUGCUUGGAGCAAGCCUUCCUCUGCGGGUUCAAGUCCACUCGCCUGUUCGGGAAGAAUUUCUUCAUUUGGGAUUAUUUUGCGAAAGUGAAAGACGAGUUCAAACUAAGCCUCUGCGACGAGCCAAGCGCGCAGGCGCAAGCCAGCACCUGCGGGGUCUCCUACAACUGCCGCCAGGACCAGGAGCACAGAGCCAUCUGGCGGUGCUACUGCCACCUGAUGGACGAGGUCAGCGGAGUGGGACGCACGCUCGGCAAGGACGGCAAGUUCCAGCUGUUCAUCUGUCUGAGUCUGAGGGAGCACUGGCUGCACAGAAUGCUAGUGCCCAUGUCACUCACGCGCGUCACCGCCGAGAUGUACGAAGAGCAGAGCUUCCUGCGCAAGCGCGGGCUGCUCACGUUCCUCCGCCAAAUCCUGGAACCGCUGGACGAGUUCGACAUUGUACUCGAAAACUCACUUACACAAGGUAUUUAAACCUUUAAACCAGAAAAACUAUCAUGCAAGAUUUAGGAACCCUUAUAAUGCAGAAGAGAAGUGUUACGCAAGAUUGGGCCAUAUUUUUCAAAGUUGUCCACCCGACUUUUUGUAACAUGGGUAUUUUUUACGCGAUUCAUACUCAAAAUCGCGAGG